AUGCAGCACAUAAUCAUUAGUCAUGUUAAUGAACAGAUCGGCCCAUUGAUUCAUCGUCUUACACCAAAGUAUAUUGACUUAGUCAAAGUUGCACGAUCUAAGGAUUCAGAAAUGUGUUUGAUGAAAAAUCUACAAAGUUUAACUGAUGCUGUUACCAGAAGCUACGAUCCGAUUAAAUUUGAAAAUCAAAUUGAUUGGUUGAAAAAUAACAUUUCAUUUGAUUUAUUUUCAAUGCCUACUAGUAAUGAUAUCAGUAGUCAUGAGAACAACGAGGCAACGAAAUGUGAAGGCAAAAAAUGCGAGUCACAAAUACAGAGAGGUUGUAAAAUUAUUGAAGACUAUAAACAAAUUAAAGUUGGAAUUCAAAAUAUUCGCAGCAGAAAAUAUUUAAGAUAA